AUGGAAUGUUUGAUUGAAGGUAUGAAAUACCUCACGAGACUGACUGCAAGACAAGGCAAGGAAGCUAACAGACCAAUCUCGCCAGGCCUUGACUUCUUCAUCAACGAGAUCCCCAACGAAGUCUUCACCUACAGUGAAGAAGAGCCCAUGACAUUCAUGCCACACCCACCCGAUCCACCCAACAUUUACCCCUACCUCCUCGUCAACAUCGGCUCCGGCGUCUCCAUGAUCAAAGUCUCAGGCCCCCGGCAAUUCGAGCGCAUCGGCGGCACCUCCCUCGGCGGCGGAACACUCUGGGGUUUGCUGUCCCUCCUCACGGGCGCCCGCACCUUUGACGACAUGUUGCGGCUCGCGGAAAACGGCGACAACAGCACCGUCGACCUCCUCGUCGGCGACAUCUACGGCCAAGCGUACAACAAGAUCGGCCUCAAGAGCACCCACAUCGCCUCAUCGUUUGGCAAAGUCUACAAGAUGAAGCGAGCGGCCGAGCGGGAAGCAGAAGACGGCUGCAACGGCAACCUCGAGCGUCGCGACGAGGCCGAACUCGCCCACCACACACACAGCCCAUCCUCGUCCUCGUUUAGACCAGAAGACAUUUCCCGCUCCCUCCUCUACGCCGUCUCCAACAACAUUGGCCAGAUUGCCUAUCUGCACGCCGAGAAACACGGACUGCCGCGCAUCUACUUUGGCGGCUCCUUUAUCGGCGGCCACUCCCAGACCAUGAAUACGUUGUCGUAUGCGAUUCGCUUUUGGUCAAAGGGUACCAAGCAAGCCUACUUUUUGCGCCACGAGGGCUAUCUCGGCUCCGUUGGUGCCUUUUUGCGGAGACAGCCUAGGAAUUGGGGUAGGCGGGAGAGUUUUGUGGGUGCGUCGAAGCGGGAGUGA